UCUCUGACGUCAGCUCACAGUCUCUUCCGGGUUUCUUCCUUCAGCUGGACGGCGGACGGUGACAGCGAGCUAACGAAGUGUAAAAGCCUUAUUUUUGCCAAAAUGAACCGAAUAUUUGGAAUGGGUAAAGCCAAAGUACCACCACCUAACCUUACGGACUGCAUAGGAGGCGUUGAUUCUCGUACGGAGUCCACUGACAAGAAGAUUGCCAAACUAGAUGCUGAAUUAGUGAAAUACAAGGACCAGAUGAAAAAGAUGAGAGAUGGGCCCUCAAAGAACAUGGUCAAGCAAAAGGCUCUGAGGGUUCUGAAGCAGAAGCGAAUGUAUGAGGGUCAGAGAGAUAACCUCAUGCAGCAGUCGUUCAACAUGGAACAAACCAACUACACAAUCCAGACUCUUAAAGACACUAAAACCACAGUUGACGCCAUGAAAAUCGGCCUCAAAGACAUGAAGAAGGCAUACAAACAUGUGAAAAUUGAUCAGAUUGAGGAUCUUCAAGAUGAGCUUGGGGACAUGAUGGAGGAUGCCAAUGACAUCCAGGAGGCGCUGGGCAGAAGCUAUGGUACACCUGAUGAUAUUGAUGAGGACGACUUGGAAGCAGAGUUGGAUGCUUUGGGAGACGAGCUCCUGAUGGAUGAGGACAGCUCCUACCUGGAUGAGGCUUCAUCAGCUCCUUCCAUCCCAGAAGGAAUGCCCGGCGACAAGUCGAUCAACAGGGAUGGUGUCCUGGUGGACGAGUUUGGCCUUCCUCAGAUUCCUGCUCAAUAAACGGAGCAAUCGGAACACUUGUGCUAGUUUUACAUGUAUCAUAGCCUUUUUCUAUUUAUCCAACACACUCCCAGCCUUCAGCCUCGCAGUGCAUCAUUGAAAACCAAAGCAUCUGUCCAACGAAUGCUUGAAACUAUAAUGUUAAAUCAGGCAUCUUUAAUUAAGUCGUAAUUCUAUGAGUGAGCUCAUAUCAUAUGUAUCUGAGGUGAUAGUUUGAAUUUUGAUUCUCUUAACUUUGUACAGUUUCUGCAGCAUUUGUUGCUAAGAACAAAAUAAAUUAUAUUUUUCAAAGACUA